UAACUAAAACUUUAAAGGCAAUGCUAAUAACUAUUGAGGCUGAUACAUGAACCUCUUCCAUCCAUGAUCUUGUAAUAAUUCCAAUUUUCAAAGCAAAAAGCUCUAUAGAAGGACAAAACAAAACAAUGGAUACACAUCUACAACACACUUCAGCUCAGGAUGAAUUUGACAGUGAAUGGGAACAGCAGCUAAAGGCUUUUGAUGACACUAAAGCUGGUGUUAAGGGACUGGUUGAUGCUGGCAUCUCCACAAUCCCUCAGAUUUUCAUUGCACCACCUACUAAUGGCAGCAAAACAUCAUAUCCCAUUUCCACUCACUCCCACUUUCAGAUUCCCAUGAUAGACCUUGAAAACUUGCAACAAGAUGGUGCUGAGCAGAAAGAUAUAGUUGACAAGGUACGUGCAGCCUCUGAAACAUGUGGUUUUUUUCAGGUUGUGAAUCAUGGGAUCCCAAAGGAAAUCCUUCAUGAGAUGAUUGAAGGAGUACGCAGAUUUCAUGAACAGCCACAUGAUGUGAAAAUGGAGUACUACACCCGUGAUUUUUCAAAGAAAGUAAGACUCAGCAGUAACUUUGAUCUGCAUCAAUCAAAGGUAGCAAACUGGAGAGAUAGUUUUGUAUGUACCAUGGUUCCAGACCCUCCAGAACCUGAAGAGUUACCUUCAAUUUGCAGGUAAGC